GUCAGUACUGCUCUACUAAGCUGAGUACGUAUUCCUGAUGCGGGACGACAGAGUAUCGAUGUAAGCCCCGCGUUAAUAUGCAGUACUUCCCCGAGGACCUCACGUUGCUUUUGUAAUACACGUGAACUACACGUACUAAAUUCUUUUAUUAUCAAGCUAAUAGCACCGAGAGUUAAAUAACCAAGACCGCACGAGGCUUGUAGUUGUGAUUUACGAGGACUUGGUAGAUUUCUACACGAUACGACCCCCUUUACACAAGACAGCGGGUAUCAUAUUCUUUGAGAUGGAGAUGUUUUAUACUAUUGCAGUGGUUUUCAUUUUGAUCUUUCUCACGACGGCGUGGACGUCAAAAAGAACGUGGCUUAUGACAGAUUUAGUUGCGACCACAGUGUUUGGCUUGAUCAAACUGGUGUAUCCUCACGUUUUACUCCAAACUCAGACAAAUAUUGACUUUGAUUCAACCCACGUGUUCCUUACUCGGAUAUAUGCCACAGUGAUCCUGGGCUCCAAUGUCUUUUACCUCUUGUCAAGAAGUUCUGUUGAUGAGCGAGUGUCGUCUGCUGUCCUCUCAUCAAGAGUUUUGGCAACAUCAUGUAUGCUACUUUCCAAAUUUUAUGUGCAAGUGAUGGAGAAGAACUCACCUCUCACUGAUGAGCACUUGUACUUUGGCUUUCUGGGAACACUUCUUUGGUUACUUGGUAACCUUAUCCAUAUCAUAUUGAACAGACCACCAGAGCAGUUUCAAGGAGGAAGUAAAAAUAUGAAUGCUUUCUUAGGACUUGAUUACUACGCCACAUUUCUCUUGGGAAUUGCACACUUGGCUUUCCCUCAAGUUGUGCUGUUGAAGCUGUUUAGAUAUACUGCAAUAGAUGGUCUCCACACGCACACCACUCGCCUUCUUGGUACCAUGCUUAUUGCUAGCGCCUUGCUGUCUCAGGCAGCCAGAGAGUUCACAUAUGACAAGGAUAAACAGGCUGUUCUGUUGGGCAGAGUAUUGAUUCCAGUAUUACAGCUUUUUGUGAUUCUGUAUCAUCAUGCUGCUCUGGAGGCCUUAACUGUGCAUCAAGUGCUGUGGAUGUGUGGAACUUUGGUGGGUCCUGCUCUGCUUAAUGCCACCCUUGGGAUAUUCAUGAAUCCAGUGAAACCACCAAGAGGUGAUAAAAAAUAUGACUAAGCAUCACAAUUAGAAUAAUGGUGUAAUGUAUUUUUUUUCAACCUGUGGUAUAUAAGAAAGGCAUUUAUAAACGUUUUAGGUAAUGUAAGCUAGAUAGUUAUUUUUUGUGAUCAAUUACAAAAUAACGAAAUUGUGAUUAUUUUGUGAAGCUUGUUUACUCAACUGUGUAUAAAAUGUUGUCAGCCAUGUUGUCUUUAGAUUGCACAAUUUUAAUAAAGUGAUAAGCAUCAAUGUGGACUAUAGAGGACCAUUUUUAAAUUAAAAUAUUAUUAAUAUAGUCUUUCAGCAUGUUAGUGUUGAGCUAGCUUGAAACUGUUCCUUUUUAAUACGUAGUCACACAUACUUAGUGAUAUUUUGAAUAGGCAUUGCAGGUGUGUAGAUGGAAGAAUUUUGUUGAAAGUGUGUAAAUAUAACUUUUUUUAUGUAUUUGGGGUAGAUAUGUUGGACUUAAGAGUGAUGGUGGCUGAAACAAUGUGGUGAUAUUUUAAAUGUUAGAGCAUGUAUUUUAUAUUUUAAAUAUACAGACAUGAGCAGCAUUACUCAAUUACUUUUUUCAGCCAAUUUUGCAUAAUGUAGAUUAAUCAUUGUCAGCCAAUUUGCCCUCUGUGUCUUUGUCACUUAACUGAAAAGGAAACAAACUACCUAGCUAGAUAUUAAAAAUGUUGAAGUUUAAAAAACAGAGAUUAAAAAUCUUUAAUGCAUCUGUGGGUUAAGAGCAAUUUCAUUCAAGACACAUAUUAUUAUUGAAAGUAACUUAUAUUAUGACCAUUGUUUAAUUAUGUAAAGUUACACAAAAAGAUAAGAAGUCCUUUGACUUCAGGUACUCAGACAGCAGCAGGGUUGAUUGGUUGUUCUUUCAUUUAAUACAGUCUAUUUAUUAUAAGUCUUAUUUAGGAUAUGCAGAUAUUUUUUAUGCUGUUUACAUUGUAAAUAGUAAAUGUUUUGUGUUUUCAUUUUCACCUUUUGUAACAUUUCAAACCACCUUUUACAUGUAUGUACAAGACUGAAGCAUACAAGAUAAUUUCUAGAAUUUGAAUCAAAAUUAUUACUUCUGUAGGAGAGGCUAACUGGUUGAUUUCAGUUCUGUUUUGCUAAAGUCUGAAUUUAAAGUCAGCGGGAAGGUUUCCAUCAGAUAAUGUGGACAUAAUCAAAUGAAUUUUUUGUAACAGGAUCUCAAGUAAGCCAUGGCUUUGUUGGAUUAAAUGUAAUGAAUCUCAUAUUCUUACUCAUUAAGUACAUAGUGAAGAUUGUAUUUCUUAUCUUUGUAAUCAAAAAUAUAUUUAUGGCAACAGAUGAUAGGUAUUAACUUUUCCAGUAAGGUGGCUUGAUCGAAUAUUUUUUUCGCACAAGAUAGAUAUGAAGAAACAAGACCAACAAAAGUAUAGUCUUUUUGUUAUACAGCUGGGGUAAUCUAUAUCACAAUAUGAAUAAGUAUUACAUGAAUCAAAUAUUUUUUAGAUUUUUAUUUCAAAUGAAAAGAUUGGAAGUACAUUUUGAAGAAAAUGUAAAAGCAUAAUUAUUUUCAUUGAAUAAAUAUAACAAUAUAAGAUAAGUUUUCAUCAACUGACAACCUGUUAUCAAGCACUGCAUUAAAAAAAGUAUUAAUAAAUUAAGCACAUAA